AUGGACGCGGAGGUGUCGGUGCCCAACGAUGGGGGCGACCAGGCCAAGAUGGAGGCCAAGCGCGUUCAGAUGAUGGACCGCCUGGCUGCCAUCGAGGAGGCGCGUAAGGCCGACGCAGACGCGCGCAGGGCUGAGUUAGACGCCGCCGCGGAUCCCAGGGAGAACAUCCGAUCGUUCCUCGCGGGUUUUGAGGAGCGAAAGGCGCGCGUGGAGGGCGAGGUGAACUCGCAUCGAUCCGCGGUUGGCACCCCCGAUGCCAAGCCGGCCGACGACCUCAGAGCCGCGCUGGAUGCGCUCCAAGCCGACGUCAUCGCCAUCGAGCGAUCCGUCGCGGAGGCGUCGUACUUUCUCCCGGCGUACGACUCGCGCGCGUGCACCGCCGCCGUGGACCACCUGAAGAAGACCGUCGCCGACGCCACCGCCGAGCUCCUCCCGAGGAAAAAGUUCACCUUCUCCAAGAAGAAGAAGGAGGCGACCGCUUCGAAACCGGACAGCGAGAAGAAGGAGACGGACGACGUCGCCGCGCAGCUCGCGCGCAUUGGGAUACGUACGACGAUGAUGACGACGACGAGUGGUACGAGUGGGCCGAAGGGGUCAAAGGAGGACGAGGGACCAGGGGUGCGGAACAGGACGGGCGAGACCGUCGUGGUCGACGCUUCUUCGGCUGUGGGCGACUUUGAGCUCAAGCGUCUCGUGGACUGCGAGGUGUACCUGUGCAACCUCGAGCCCCUUGACGCCGUUCGCGCGUGUGACCUGCGAAACACGAGGGUGUACGUCGGGCCCGUCGCGGGCAGCGUGCUGCUGCACGGCGCGGACGCGUGCGAGUUUCACCUCUGCGCGAGGCAGGUGAGGAUACACGACGCGACGAACGGAACCUCGUUUUACGUCCGGACUGCAUCCGGGCCCAUCAUCGAACACUCCAGCGACGUGCGUUUCGCGCCGUACGCGUUCGGGUACCCGGGCAUCGACGAGGCCAUGGAGAAGGCGGGGUUCGGGGGCGCGGACCCUGGUAAGUGGAGAGAGGUUGAGGAUUUCGGGUGGAUCAAGCAGGUGGCGUCGCCCAACUGGAGGAUUCUGGCGGAGAGCGAGAGGGUCCCGCCCCCGAAGCCGCCUUCGAUCGAUGCGACGUAAUCACCAUCGACUCUUAUUCUUAUCAUCGCGCAUCAAGCUAUUCUUACGACUUAUUCUCAUCUAAAAUCUCGAUCCGGAGUGCGUUUGCCGGUGUCCCGCUCGCGGUGUUCGUCCCGCCGUGUUUGCGUUUGACCUCUCCGAGCUCCUCUCCCGCGACCGCUCCCUCGACGGGCUCCUGCUGUGUUCGCUCGACCUAACGCUCGACCUGCUCCUGCUCCUGACGGCGGCACCGGCGGCGUCGUCCACGACGGAGCCGGACGGCGAGUUGGAUCGGGACCCCUCGUACCUGUAGUUCAUCGCGCGCCGCGCCUCCGGGUCCAUCGGAGCCUUGCCGUACCAGCCAAAGUGCGGCUUCUCGUGGUUGGGCGCGGUUGCGGAUUUGAACCUGUUCAUCGCUAUCGUGGCCCUCGCCGCGGCUCGGAAGUUGCGCCUGGUGGGUUUACGCGAGUUGGUGUCCACGAUGGGCUGGCCCUCCGCGGUGGUGUCCGCCCAGAUGACGCGCUUCUGCCCGGCGGCGACGAAGCGGUUGGCAGCCAUGACGGCGGUGGCGGCGCGCCUGAACGGGUUUCGAGACUUGCCCCCGAAAAUCUUGAGCAACGCGGUCCUGUUCUCC